GUUGUGUCGGGCACGGUGAAUUUUGGCGCUCGAUCUCUCGAUUUCCCGCGCAUUAGCCGCCCACGUGGUUAUUUACUUGAAUGAAUCAAAGGAAUGAAAGUUGCUGUAUGGUAAAAAAUAAGGCCGUGGUAUAAUGAAUUGGUGUUCAUGUUUAAAAACAAUUAUUAUAAACUUAUGACUGUGGCGUGCUGUUAUUAUUGUUGUCUUCGUUCGAUUGAGGAAAUAUAUCAUCGACAAACACAUGCUUUCACCGUCGACAAAAGCGGCCUGCUGGCUGAUGACGUUUCUGAGUGUGUUCGUCACAGGAGAAAUGCCGAUACAAGCAGAUGUGGAACCCGAAUUUUUACAAGCGCUCGAAAACCACACUGUCACUCAAGGCAGAGACGUCCACUUUACCUGUGUUGUCAAUCACCUCUCCCAUUAUAGGGUAGCAUGGAUUAAAUCAGACUCCAAAGCCAUCCUCGCAAUUCACACAAACAUGGUGGCAUUAAAUCCUCGUCUGUCUGUCACUUACAAUAACCACAACACAUGGAAACUCCACGUCAGUAACGUCCAAGCAAACGACUCCGGCACUUACAUGUGCCAAGUCAAUACUGACCCUAUGAAAAGUCAGAUGGGUCACUUAUCCGUUGUAAUUCCUCCGGAUAUUGUGGACUCGGUAACAGAAGGCAGUUCAGCAAGAGAAGGAGGCAUCAUUCGUUUGAUUUGCAGCGCCAUUGGCGUUCCACCGCCUACCGUCUUGUGGCGCAGGGAGAGCAAUCGCCCGAUUGUCUUCAGACAUGAUGGUGGCAGAGAGAAGAAAGUGGAAGAUAGUCACAAAGGAGAGAGUCUUGAACUGUCUCACGUGCAAAGAACAGACAUGGGCGCGUAUUACUGCAUUGCGAGCAACGGGGUGCCGCCCACCGUCAGUCGCCGAUAUCACGUGCAAGUGCAUUUUAUACCACAGGUAAAGGUUACAAACCAAUUAGUCGGUGCGCCUCUUGGAAGUGAUGUGGAACUUCAGUGUUACAUUGAAGCCUCUCCCAAAGCUAUGAACUCCUGGUACCGUGAGGACUCUUUAGUGAGUGACAAAUUAUUAGAAAAUCCGAAAUUUCGCAUCAUGGAGGCAGCGGUGAACGAGUAUUCUUUAUGGAUGAACUUAACGAUAAAGUCUUUGGCGCCAGGCGAUUUCGGUACUUAUGUGUGCGCCUCUGUCAACGCGCUCGGAAAGAUGGAGAGCCAAGUUAGCCUACACAAACUGCAGUUCAGCAUGAACGGCUACGCGGAUGAGCCAAUGGUGUCCGGCGCGGCGUGGCAGCGUGCACGGAACUUGCCCGCUAUGCGACCCGCAGCAUCUCACGCGCACCAAUACCUCAAACACCUCCCGCCGCAACUGUACGCUCUCCUCUUGACGACUAUUCGUUACAUACAUACAUUUUAAUUGUAGAUCAUAUAAUCGAAUCCAAUGUGUGCAAAUAAAUGUAUGAGUCAAGGUUUAAGAAUGUUAACAAUUUCUCGAGUGAUAUCAAUAUUAUUGUGUACUCUGUUUUUGAUAAUAUUUCAAUGUUUGCAGUCAUUAUUCGAACCGAAUUCUUAGUAUAAUUUAUUAAAAAUGUCAAGAUGUACCAGAACUGUACUACUGACUUAAGUUUCUGAAAGACUGAUCUAUGUCGGAUUAAAUAAUUUAACUUUAAUCUGAAUGUUUAUUUGUCCGUGGCAGCAUAUUACGCUAUUAGCUUUCCAGCGAGCGUUCAGAAUUUAGUGAACCUCACUAAACUUUAAUUUGACUUUUCUCAUAAUUUCAGAAAAAGAUUUCAGCAAAAAUGAGAUAAGCUAUAAAGGUAUAUUCUUGUAAUUAACGGAUAUAACAUCACCAUAGCCUUACUGUAUAGUUCUUACCG